AAGAAAGAUACCUAUAAGGCUUUUAUUUUAAUUAAAGGGAUUUGAGGUAAAAACACAAAAAUAACUUUUUAAUUAUUUGUUUUGGUAUCUUUCUUCGGAGCACGCCGUCAAAAAAUUUUUUUUGAUUCUAUUUUUAUUUCAAAAGUUUAUUAAAAAGAAGAGAAUAAAUAAAAUAAGUGAUUUUAGAAAUCAAGCGUUUAUUAAAGAAGAGAAUAAAUAAAAUAAGUGAUUUUAGAGAUGAAGCGUUUAUUAAAGAAGAGAAUAAAUAAAAUGAGUGAUUUUAGAUCAAGCGCAACGUUUGGAAUAUAAGAUACGUCAUCAAAAGUGGAGAUGGAAGAGCAGCAUCUGGAAUUUGUAGCAACGAAUCUUUCCCUCAUUCAUGCUUCUCACGUGUUGGUGAGAGGCGAAUUAUUAUCGUUGAGUCGUGUAAACUUACCACAGCCGCAUUUAUUUCUCUAUUUAAAACAGGAAGUUCAUCCGGACUAGUCAUUAUCAAUUUUUUUAACAUUUCUGUUUUUUAAUCAGAGAAAAAGAAAAAAAGAAAAGGAACUAAAAAAUUGUAAAUUAACGAUAUGGGACUCAAUCCAAUGAAAUGGAAAACAAAAACACUGGCCUACAGUUUCUUCGGCAUUUUGAUUGUUUAUGGAUUAUUUUUUUACAAGAGGACACACACGGUGCAGUUCGAAGUUGUAAUUAAAAAUUCAACGCCUGAAAUUGUUUGGGAAUUCGUCGCAGACUUUAGUAACAUGAAGCAACUGAAUCCAACAAUUGAGGAUUUUAACAUUAUUGCCGAAAGUGGAAAUUAUGAGCACUGGAAAUAUUCGGUGAAAUAUUCCGAACACUUGAGUCACAUUCCAAUGAUUAAAAAUACUGCUCAUGGUCAUUUUGCCGUGAAACCAGAGGAUUCGGGUUUCUCCAUAAAUUCCGAGCAUCGUACCUGCUUUCUCACCGAUUUUGACUGUGUGAACUCCGUAUCGCAAUUUAAAUUUCAAGGAAUUGGAAAUGACACAAAAUGCUUAGAAAUCGUUGAAUACGAAUGUCCAUUGCUCUUUUCGUCAUUUUGUUAUAAAGAAGUAAUGUAUCAACGAGAGGAGAUAAUGAAGAAUUUGCAAUCACAUUUUGCGAAAAUGAAUAUUAAAAGUAAGUAGAUUAAGAAAAAGAAACGAUCAUUUAAAAUCUAAUUUUUAUAAUAUAGAAACCGAAAAUCAGAAAAAAUAGUCUGUUUAUAA